AUUGCAUUGCACUGAACGAACCGCUAGAUUUCAUAAGAGGAUCGGGAAGUAUUCCCUUCCUUUCCAUUAUUUUGGAGCUAAAGGGAACUAAAUGUACUGCAAACUAUGAGUUCAUCAAGCCAAGUACUCACACAGACGAUCCAAGAUGCUGUUCUCAAGCUGUGUACUCAACAGCUCUCAUUUUGUAAAUCCCUUGAGAUCGAUGGCAUCAUUUGUAUUUCGCAAGGUGAAGACAUUGCUAAGGAUAUUAUCGUGAAAAUGCACAGGACAGUCUUCAAGUCAGCAGAGUCGCAACCACUAGGAUAUGAAAUUGAUGGAGGCUCACAUUAUGAACCAAGUCAAACAUUUUCAUUAUUAGAGGAUGGUGUUAUAUGUGAGGAACCUCCUAGAGAUAUUACACCAUUAUCGUCUUUCAACACUAGCCCCCAAAAAUUACAAGGUAAAAAAACACGAAAAAGAAGUUUGGAUGAUGAAACUGCUUCAAGCUCAAAGCAGCACAAAAAAUUAGACAGUGUUGUAAUUAAGAUUGAAACAGAAGAUUCAAUAACCCUCGAUAGUGCUGAUGUAGGCGAUAAUGAGGAUAACUAUGAUGAUAGUUCAAAUUGGGCUAAUGAGGAAGACACUACUGAAUACAAAGACACCCCUAAGGAUAAAACUGUCAGCACAAAAGAUCCAGAUGAUGAUCUUGCCACCCAAGAUAAUCCUGAUUUUGGUGACAGUAAUCCUGAAUUUUGCCACAAUAACUUCCCCAGUCACGACAUGUCGGAAUUGAGUGGUUUUACGAAAACAGAGCAAAAUGAUGAAAACAACUAUUUUAACACUAUGACUGAGGAAAUGCAUGUUAAAACAGAAAACAAUGAAUCUGGUACACUUAACCUGGAAGACAAAUCAAUCUCAGAUUAUCAAAAUGGUUUCCCUGAUAACAGAUACACCCAGUUAAGAUAUUUGUGUCCAUGGUGCAACCAACGAUGUCAGAAUACGUGGUGUUUAAAACGCCAUAUAAGGAAACACACAGGGGAAAAGCCAUUCACUUGUGCUCAUUGUCAAAAAGACUUUUCUGAUAAAGGUAAUAUGCUGAAGCACGUCAGAGCAAAACACGAUAAUAACCAAUUGAACAUCCCGAGUUAUCCAUGUUCAGAAUGUUGGAAAAGUUUCCCGUCAGUCUAUGCAUUAGAACGUCAUAAAAGAAGCCACACUGGGGAAAAACCAUUUGCAUGUGAUCAGUGUCCAAGAAGAUUUAGCGAUAAAGGCAACAUGAAGAAACAUAGGAAAAAAAUUCACCAACCUGUCCUUGACAAAGAAUACCAGUGUGAAUAUUGUUCCAAACAAUUCAAUAUAUUGGGCUCCCUCAAGCGCCAUCUAUUAGUACAUUCAAAUGAACGACCACAUAUUUGUUCCUUGUGCCAAGCUGCUUUUAAAGAUCGUGGAAAUCUCUUAAAACAUCUGCAAACUAAGCAUGCAAAGUGUGAAUAGUAAAGUAAUAUGUAGCUCUCUUGAAUGAAAAAUACAUGUUUCACAAAUGUCUUUAAAAUCGUUAUUUCAUUGUAUUUUACCUGAAAUCAUAUGCCUACAUGCAACAUGUAUCGUAAUAUAUUUAUAAUAUAUUGGUAUUCUUGUUACAUUAAAGCUGAUUUAUGGCUGAUAUGGCGACAAGGACAACAGUAUCCUGGAAACCUGUUGAUUAAUCCAUUAUUUACUUUGAUACAAAUCUCUCAAAGUGAAUAAUGUGAUUUAAAAUGGUGCAAGAGUAUUUUAAUCAAAAUAUCUGGAUAGCCCCUUGUAUAAUGUACAUGUAGGAUCAGAUUUCUAGUUAUUAGAUAUGAAAUGUUAAAUAAAAUGUGGCUAAUGAAUUGUCUCAAUAUUAUAGUUGUAAAUAUGCACAUGAAAAUUAAACACAUUACCUCUUCUGUUUGUAGAUCUGAUAUUGUACAACAUAUGAAAUUGAAAUAAACAUAUUGUUACUUUAAGAUUAAGUAAUAAUCUGAUAUUGUACAACAUAUGA